AUGAAUCGGAUUACGUUUAUUCGGCUCCGGUACUUGUCUACAGUUGCUACACGAAGAGCAUCUACAGUUCCUGGAUCAAAUGCGCCAAUCACAAUCAGAGGGAAGCCGGCUUCAGAAGUUUACGACGACAAAUCUGAGUUGAUGCAGACGAUAGACAUAGAAGACCUACCACGAGCACAAAAACGAUUUGCAGUUCAGUUUGAGAAGGUGAACGAGGAACGAGUCAAGGAUAUUUUCGCUAAGAAUUAUAAGGUCGGUUUGUUAAAAUUGGUAGUUAACAUUGAUUUUUAGAAUCACAUCGGUCUCGUCGUGUUGUUUUCAUUAGUUGUUGGUAUCUAUUAUUAUACCAUCUACGCAGUACGUCAAGAAACAUUCUUGGAAGAGAUCGACGAGGAAGUGGCGCUGGAAAGAGGAGAAGUACCCCCAAGCAAAAAAUAA